UGAUACCGGCGUCACCCUCCCUGGAUCACAAACACUCCAACAACUAAAAAGCACUUUGUUUGCAAUCCCAGGGUGUCCAGGAAGGAGCUCACCUUAUCAGCAGGAUCGCUCGUCAGGAAAAAGUUCAGGGCCAGGCCAACAAUCUAAUCAUAUUGCUGUUAAUCAUCUUGGGAAUCGGGUCCCUGCUGUCUGCACUGAAUUACACCCAUUACAGAAGGAAAGCCAUGGAUCCUGGUGAAAACUGGAUCCCAGAUGACGUUGCAAGGUGGUUAACUCACAUUGGAAUAAAUCAUUUCUCUAACACUCUGAGAGAUAAUGAUGUUCCUGACCAUUUGGCUACCCAGUUCAAUGUGGAUCAGCUAGGUUCUCCGGAGAUCUAUCAAAUCCUGCCCAGUAACCCCCUGAGGGUGCUGGAUGAGUUUGCAUACCAUUACCACGAACACAACCCCUAUGACUACACCAACCAUGAGCUGUUCCCACUAGCAGCAGAGGCCCUCGGCACAGCAGAAAGAGAAUCCGGUGAGGAGCCCCACUUUAGCCUUCACCCCCCUCCGAACCUCCUCAGGCACCCCGAGACUGAGAUGAGAGGUUCUGAGGACGUAGCCUCUGGAACGGUACUGCAGCGCUUGAUGCAAGAACACCUGAGGUAUGGAGGCCACCAGGGCGACAACAUGAGCCUGCUUGCGAUGCAUCAGCAGCGGCUAUCGCCAUCACCAUCGCAACAACAGCAGCAGCAUCCAGCCACAGGGAGCACUGGACCAUCCACAAGUGCUGCUACCAGUGCCCUUUCUUCCAUCGAGAACAUCCUCCAAGAAGACCCACAAAUGGUCCAUCAGUCGGCCCGCCAAGAACCCCAGGGCCAAGAGCAUCAGGUGGACAACACAUCCAUGGAAAAGCAGGGGACCCGGGUCUCUCAGCCGCAGCAAAACAACGAGGAUCUGCCCACCUAUGAAGAAGCCAAAGCGCAGUCCCAGUUCUUCAGGGGGCAACAGCAAGGAUCCAUCGGAUCAGGAUACUACGUUCCUGGGGCAACCAUCAACACCACCACCAUCUCGACUGAGAAGGCAAGGACUGAAGGGAGGUCAACAGUCAACCGAGCCAGCAUGGGGCAGCCCCACAAAGAUGAGGCCCUAAAAGAACUCAAACAAGGUCAUGUUCGUUCCCUCAACGAGAGGAUUAUGCAGAUGUCCCUGGAAAGGAACGGGGCCAAGCACCACCCUAACGGGAGCAGUAGCUUGCCUUCCCCAACUGCAUCUGGAAAGGGGUUGAAAAAUGGGGGAGGUCCUCCACUGUUACCACCUGCUCAGCAGGCUAUAGGGAAGGGAGGGGACCCCAGAGGACCUCCACCCGACUAUCCGUUCAAAGCCAAGCAUAUGAUGUCCCCUGUGAACAAGCCUCAAGAACAUGGACACUUGUACAGCGAUCAGCACUCUGGGAUCAUGCUCGGCCUGCCAAAAUCGUACCCUAUGCUUCAACCGGCAAGAACAGAAGUAACUGUUCUAAGAUACCAGUCCCCUCCAGAGUACUGUGCAACAAGGCAAUGCCAGCCCCUGUAUCCGCCCGUGUCUCUCCAGCAGCACAGCCCCAUGUCAUCGCAGGGCUCCUCCAUUUCUGGGCCCUUCCACUCCAUGCCCCUUCCCUCACCGCUGCCCCCCCUGCCACAGCCAGCCACCCCAGCCAAUCAGCAACUGCCUGGAGACGCUUUUGCCAUCGUGGCUCGCGCUCAGCAGAUGGUUGAGAUCCUAUCGGAAGAGAACCGAGGUCUACGGCAGGAACUGGAGGGCUACUGCGAGAAAGCCGCUAAGCUGCACAAGUUUGAGUGUGAGAUCCACAAGAUCUCAGAGGCCUACGAGAACCUGGUGAAGAGCACCUCCAAGAGAGAGGCGCUGGACAAAGCCAUGAGGAACAAGCUGGAGGGAGAGAUCCGCAGGCUGCACGAUUUCAACCGGGACCUCCGAGAUCGACUGGAGACUGCCAACAGGCAGCUGGCCAGCAGAGAGUUUGAUGGGAAUGAAGAUCAGGCAACAGAGGGGCAUUAUCUCUCACAGAGAAGGGAGAGCGUGAAGGAGAAAGAGAAGCUAGAGAUAGAAGUGGCCGCCCUGCACUCAGCCAACGACAACCAGCGUCGGCACAUCCAGAUCCUGGACCAGGCCCUGAACAAUGCCCAGGCCAAGGUGGUCAAGCUGGAGGAGGAGCUCCGGAAAAAGCAGGUGUACGUGGAGAAGGUGGAGAAGCUGCAGCAGGCCUUGUCUCAGCUCCAGGCCGCCUGUGAGAAGCGCGAGCAGCUUGAGAAGAGGCUGCGCACUCGUCUGGAGAGAGAGCUGGAGUCUCUCCGCGUGCAGCAGCGGCAGGGUGGGUCUCAGACCCCCUCCCCCUCAGAGUACAACGGCCCAACUCUGAUGGAGCUGCUGCGGGAGAAGGAGGAACGCAUCCUGGCUCUUGAGGCCGACAUGACCAAGUGGGAGCAGAAGUACCUGGAGGAGAGCGCCAUGAGGCACUUUGCCAUGGAUGCAGCCGCCACCGCGGCAGCACAGAGGUACGACAUUGUGGACACAACCCUAAUCAACCACUCCCGCAAUGGCAGCUACAGUGACAGCUCUCUGGAGGCACGAAUCUGGCAGGAGGAGGAGGAGAUCACCCAGGCCAACCACCAGUGCCAGGAAAUGGAGCACAGAAUAAAGAACCUGCAUGCCCAGAUCAUCGAGAAGGACGCCAUGAUCAAGGUGUUGCAGCAGCGCUCCAGGAAGGAGCCGGGAAAGAGCGACACGCUCCCGCUUCGCCCCACCAGGUCUGUGCCCUCCAUCUCUGCUGCCAGUGGCCUACACUUGCGCCAGACCUCCCAGACAAACAACCAGGUGUCGGAGGUGAAGAGGGAAGACCGAACCUGGAAAGGCAGCCUUGGUGUGCUCCUGGGUAAAGAGAAUCUGGAACAUCUGCUGCCGUCGUUCCAGCUACCCUCUGCCACAGACCCUUCCUCUCCACCCCCAACCCCGGUGAUCUUCGGUCACGUGAAGACGGGUAGCAAGGAUAACAGCACCCAGACAGACAAGAGCCCCGAGCUGCUGAGGACCACAGCCACCGCAGGCAGGACCAGACUCAGCACCCCACCCAGCAGCAGUCCCAUCCUCCGGAAUCCUCUGACCAAGACAGGCACAGACAAGCAAGAGACCCCUCCAGCUUAUGUGAAAUUAUCAGACAGCAGAUCUGUGGGAAGCAGCCUGGGACACAAGCAGGAGCUUCCUGAUACAGACGUGGUGGAAAUACUCAUCUAGGAAGCGGCAGUAACCUUUGAUUGAGAAGACUUGAGGGGAAUGUUUGGCCUGAAGAACUUUCAAGGUUUUCUAGAAAAGAUGAGGAAGGAUUUUGGAAUAGCAGGAUGAAAAGAUGAGUAAAGGAAAAUGAAUGAUGAGAAGAUGGGAUUGAGAGUUUUUGUAAAGUUGACAGAAGGACCAGUGACAGGAGUAGUCUUUUAAGUUGAGAUGGGAGUUUGAGAAACCGGCUGUGUUUAUUUGAAAGGGACUGUGGACUGUACCGGAAGAAUAAAGGCCACCACACACCAGAUGUGAUGCGAUUUUUCAUUGGGCGACAAGAUACUUUCACAGCGACAUGAUCUUACAAACCAGAAGCGACACAGAGGCGAUGCGACAGAUUGGAAAACUGCCAGAUCAACAAAACUAUGAUCAAGACAUAUUGGACUCCCAUAUAUUACCUUUCAAAUCUGUAUCUUUAUAAUUGAGAUUAUAUUUGUCAUAAUGGAUACUGCUUCACCCUGCUGGAUCAUGUGCAUUGAAGCUGUUCUCUGAUUGCUCAAUGCCCUAGUUGUUGCACGACAAAUCACAAAAAAUAGGAUUCGUAUGGCUCUAGUGUCACCCUGGGGUCGCCCCUGCGUCGCCUGUGGUGUGAAAGAUACUUCUCAAAAGUAUAGGUUCUAUUCGUUUUGUCACAUUGCAUCUGGUGUGUAGCACCCUUAAGGCGGAUGUUUUUGACAAUCAGGAGAAUAGGUUGGUUCACUUUUUGUUUUUUGUUACCUUCAAAAAAAGUCUUAAAUCCUAAGUGUUUUAUUUUUUACUUUUUCUCAGUCGCUGCUAUGUGAGCUGUAAUUUGUUCAAGGGUCAGAAAGCACAUGUGAUCCAUGGAACAAUACUGGUGAUUCGUUACAGUUCAUGGAAUGAUUGUGUGCAUGUGAAUGGAAACUGUUGCCAUUAAACACGUCUAUGUUUUUAUAUAGAGGGAUAUAGAAUAUGUCAACAUCAAAGGAUAUAGAAUAUGUCAACAUCAGAAGAAAAUGUUAAGAAAGAUACUGAAUGUUUUAAAUCACAAGGUUCACUAUGAUCCCCCAUAGAAUUUAUAACUUGAUGUGAUUAUAUGGAAUGCAAAAAAAAAACAAUCUGAAGUUUUGAACUUAACCCUGAAUGAAUCGCAUUAUUGUUGUCACAAAUGGUAUGGAUUUGGAAAACCAAUCACAUCCCUCAGACUAAGGCACUUAAGAAACACAUUUGGAUUUACUUAGUUAAGUAAUUUAGGGUAAAGGACAAAGACCAGAAGACCUCAGAUCUCGAGGACUGGAACUGUGCACCCCUGCUUUAACGCAACACUAGAUUGGCAUAUUGACAAUCAUAGGCAGAGCAGGAUCAAUGAUACUAGUUAUAGAAAUUUCUUGGUGUGAUGUAGGUGUUUCUGUAAAUUAUUAUUAUUUUUUUUUGUCUAAACAGGAAUCGUCUGCUGUAAAUACCAAAUCGUGGGUUCCACAUUGCUGCCUGACUUUAUUACUGUUCAAAAACCCAGUUUAAAGUUGAAUUCCCUAGAUGAAAUGUGCCAUUUCUCGUGACCUUUCGUUUUAAUGAUUUUGAAGAAAAAAAAGAAAAGAAAAACUAAGUGGUGAUUGUUCUGCCACUGUUUACCUUUGAAUUGUGUAAUUUCUAUACAAAAAGAAAAUGUUUAUUUGGGGAGAAUCAAUUUUUAGAUCCUCAAACUUUAUUCACAGUACAGAAUUUACCAAAGAACAAUGAAAAGGUAGCAAGAGGGUUUGACCAUCGUCAUUUAAUUUACAUAUUUCACUUUUACACAAAAUAUUAGGAAGCAACUGUGAUUAAAAACAUUUCAUAAUAGAACAUAUCAUUUAUAAGGGAGCCCCUCUUUAAGAGCAAUGAAGCAAAGGCUAAUCAGAUGACUGUCGGUCUUAGGUGUGCUCUAUUUCAAAUGUGAGAAGUGUAAUUGAGGUGAAGGAGCUAUCUUUGGGAAGCUUGUAUUCCCCAGGGCUAUUGACGACACUUCUAAAGGGCAAAUGGUUUCAUAACAGUGAUUUUUUUUUUUCAUGUUCAGUCCUGGGUGGUAAUUGGAGGCUUUCCCAUUUAUUGUGUGUGUUCAAUGUCAUGCUGUAUGUGCUUACAUUCCAAACAAGAAGAUGAUCACUAUUUUUCCUGUUUGAACAAUCACAAUUGGCACCAAAACCAACCGAUUUUGCAAACAUGACAAAAAAAGUAACAGUGUUUGAUAUCCAUACCUCUUUAAGUCACACACAAAAUGUGUUUGAAGUAGCGAUGAAUCUGCUUCUAACAGCACAGCCACUGGGUAAUGACAAUGAACAGACCCUACAUGCCAAAUGUCACCUGUUUAGGGACGCUUUGGUAUCCAUAGAAAUCAGCCAUAUUGAUCACCAACUCCAAACUAAGCCCACUCUAAAAAGAUUGCAGUAAAUUAGUCUGAAAAGUAAUAGUUUCUUCUCACAAAAUAAGAUGUAUCGAGGCACUUUUUUCUACUGUGUAAAUAUUUAUUUUUGUCUGUUUGUUUGUUGGUUUGCUUGAUGUAUUUAACUCAAGAUGGGCAAACUUCCGUAUAAUCUAAUAAUCAAUGGCCCUCACAGCUGGUAGAUCAUGUCAUAAAGAUGCUUCCAGGCAUCUGUAACAUGUUAUAUGUUAGGACUUUUCUGUUCUUGCAAUAGAUUGCUUCCAGACUUGCAGAUCAGAGACAGAGGAAGUGAGUUACCCAAAUGCAUCACUCAUUUUCAACGCUUGCCCGUCUCUCUAAAUGUUACCUGUCUUCCGGAUAACAAAAUGCUUCUUCACUUUGCUUAAAGUUAUGCCUUAAACCAGUAUUUUUUUUUUCUUUGUGAUAUGCUUGUAAAAUUUCUUUUGGUUCAUCAAACAAAAUAGACGUGGGGGGAGGGAUGGCCGGGGCUGGUAUUAGUUCAGUAGAAAAAGGCAGGCGUGAAAACUACUUGUCAUUUGUAAAUUAGUACAGUUACUUUGUUUUUAAUGAUGUGCUAAAUGUUUCUAUUUAAAAUAUUAUUCGACUUGUUUUAGACUAACAGUAUCCAUGCAUAUUGUAUGAUCCUGUUGGUGUCCCCACAAUGCAUUAGAGAGCAUGACAUUUUUAAUGGUUUUAAAGAUUUCUAACCUAUUGGUUAAUUGUUUUUUUGUUGUCUUGUUAGUCUUUUUUAUUUUUACGUGCUCUCCAGACAUUGCUAACCCUGCCAUCUUGACUCCUUCCUCACACCAAUGAACUUAAAAUGGCAGGGUUGGAAAGUGGAUAACAUUGCAAGAAUGUCUGAAAAAGUAACACAUGCUCUUUCAACUAUUCAUCAAAUAUUUGUUACUGUGAUCUUGUGUUUUAAAAACGCUUUUCCUUUUUAUGUUGUUGUGUGGUGUUACGCCGAGUUCAUUCCAGAUGAAAGUGGUUAAAAGUUGUAAAAUAAUCUCUGUAUUGGAGGCGAUGCUGCGUUUGUACAGAGAGUUUGUACAGGAGGGAUAUUUGUACAUAUAGGAUAAAGGAACUAUUGUCUAUCACAGCAGAUAUUGAUCUUUUCAACCAAAGAAUUUCCUACUGUUCUGUUUGUUUCGCUGCUUAAACCUGUGCCUUAAAAUAGUAUUGUACAGAAUAAAUUGCAGAUAACGCC